AUGGACCCCUCUACGACACUAAUUCUUCGUGUCUCAACACCAUACAUAUAUGAGCUCGUUGAGUCGUGGUCGACUACAACAUUGUGUAGUACCGGAUUGCCCGCAAAGUAUUCGAUUAUCGGUAAACCACGACACCUGGUGUCCUGUACUCUUAUCCUGCUGCAAUCCAAUAUAUCUCUUUGCAGGACGACCACAGUACUCCCAGACGGAAGAACAUUGCGUGUUGUGCCUUCACCAGUCAAGGGUGGCAAGGACAAGCUAGACCAGGGCCGUCUCCGUGAGAGCUGGAAAGAGUUGGAGGUAUCUUUUGAUCGCGUCCUGGGGGAGAGCGCAGGGCAGGGUGACGUGUACGAUCAAGUCAAAGCAUGCGUACGCUUACCCUUCGCAGGCGUGAACGCCUGUGUUUUCGCGUACGGCCAGACUGGCUCCGGGAAGACACACACCAUGGUCGGAGAUAUGCCGAAGCAAGAAACAUACGACGCAGGGCCAGCGUCGUUGACAGCGAACGGGAACACCUUGGGCGGACUGGCAUCUCCUGGAACAAGGACGAAAGAACACGGAGCGGCAAAAAAGGCUGCGUUGGAGGGAAGAAACUCGGCGGAAAGCAACAAUAGCAACACAGGAGAGGUCCCAAGGGGAGAAAGGGCAGGCGUGAUUCCGCGCGCUGUGAAAGAUAUUUUUAGGCUCGUGAGGCAAGGCGGUGCAGAAGAAGUAGGUUCCCCCACACCAGGCGGUGGACAACAAGGCUCGCUGCAUCGAGCACCAGGCAUCUACGGCCCCGGCAAGGCCAAACCCAAUUUGCGAGGCACAGCCUCUCCUUCUAGCCCGUGUGGUUCUACGAGUGAACAGCAGACGCGCUCUACGAGUAGCAGUGGCGGUGGCAGCUCGACCUCUGAUCCAAUCACGUUUGCUGGGGGUACGAGCCACAGCGCCAGCAGCAGUCGAUCGAGCUGCUCAGAUGGCCUGCCUCUACCACAGGUGCCAUCCGCGGCACACUGGCCGCUCGACGAACCUACGGUCUACAUCCCUCGUACCCGAAGCUCUAAGGAAAACAAUUCAUCGCCAUCAGUGUAUCCCGGAGAACGGGUGAUCCCACCCGACAGCUCGGAAUCGCCUGGCGCUGCUGCCGGAAGAGAGGGGGAGCACGGUGGGGUUGAGGGGCCUUCGAACUCUGCUCGAGAGGCGUGCAUGGCGGGAGCGACAACGGCAACCAGCAGAUGUGACGUGGAGUGCUCGUACAUGCAGGUGUACAAUGGCCGUGUUUACGACCUCCUUUCGCCCGAGGACUCCAACGAACAGAGGCCACUCCGGGUCCACGCCACCGCAGCCAGGCCGGCUACGGCGACGAAGCCGCGCCUCCGUGCCCACGUCGGGGAAAGCGAUAGCGGGGGGGUGCACGACGCUGAGAGGAAAAGCAACGCAAACUCUACAGCAGCAGCGGGGAUAAGGAGCUACGGUUCUUCUUCGUUGCCCCGUGAGUGUAGCUCAAGUGGUAGCCGGGUCGUGGGGCUGUCGGUUCACCCGGUGAAAAACGUCGAACAGGUCAUGGAGCUCCUCCGGCAGGGAGAUCGAAACCGUCGAGUCAGAUCCACCGAGAUGAACACACACAGCAGUCGCAGCCACACCAUUGUCCAGUUCACCAUCACCAGCACUCGAUCUACAGCUGAACCUGGGGUGGGUCCUGCCCCACACCUAUCAAGUGGGGGAGAUAGCAGCGAAGUUGGUGUGGUAGCCGCCGACGAGUCUCAAGCCACAACAGACCAGAUCAGGACAGUCUUACUACAUCCCGGGGAAAUCAGCAUCGGAGACGGCGAUGGCACUGUCGGCGAAAUUGCCCACGGCAAGCACGACCACACCAGUAGCCCUCACGGCAGCGACAGCCGAAGGGACCAUAGCACUGGCGUGAUGAUGAUGCCGGAACACCGGUCCGAAACGGACUCCGGCAACGCUGUCGUGACAACGCGAGCCAAGCUAAGCCUAGUGGAUCUAGCGGGCAGUGAAAAGGGGGGGGCAGGGACGGAGACAGGGGUGGCGGGAGGACGCAAAGAGACGAGCGGAUCCCAACCGCAACGCGGACCGCAGUUGCAAGGCGGGUUGGGGCCGCAAGGGGUGCCAUCGCAACCCCAAGGCGAAAGCAGCUGGAAGGCUCAGGAGAGGGAGCGAUCGAGGAUCAACUCGAGCUUGAGCGCUCUUUCGAACUGCAUUGCGUGCCUGGGAGAGGCACGAAGAACGCACGUCCCCUUCCGGGAUAGCCCUUUGACGAGGCUUCUCCAGGACUCGCUUGUGGGAGGAAAAACGGUCGUCAUUGCCACGAUCCGCCCUUCAAUCGACGCCCAGGACGAGAGCAUCAGUACGCUGAACUUUGCGGCGCGCUGCAUGAGGGUCGUUUCGAGGCAGCGCGUGAACGAAGUGGUCAGCGACGCCCUUCUCCUGGAAAGAGCGAGGCGGCAGAUUACAACACUGCGUCGACGGCUAGCGGAGGCGGAAACGGCCGCCGCUGUCGCUUCCUGCUCACCCGCGCCUUCCCACCCUCAUAACGGCCCAGAUGAGGGUAAGCAACUGCCGGAGCUGUGGGGGAUGGCAAGACCGUCGCCUGGUGUGGUGGAGACGCCUCGCCGCCCCCCUCCCUGCCCGGGCGGCGACGGAGAGAACCACGACGACGACGGGUGCGCAGAUGGGACGGACGAUGAUGCUGUCCGGGAGUACGACGGCAAGCCCGACCACAGGCGCGAACCCACCCCUCCGGCCGUACAAAAGACCGUGGCGAAGCAGGCUCUCUCCUUGGGUCUGGCAGCGCAGAUGGUUGACGUUGCCCAUGGUAGAGAUGUUGUGGCCCGCGACGAGAAUGGUGGCCGAGUUUCCGCUUCCGGACGUGACGGCAGCGACGCGGCUAGACCAGAACCACAAGGAGUUGGUGGCACCUACGUUAGCGACGAGGGCGACCGAAGGCGAAGAAAUUCGGCCGUCAACGUUGUGUCGUCGGUUCUGAAAAUGGAAGCGGUGACGAGAUCUGAGCCUAAACGGGAGACUCUUGACGAUGAGAGCCGGCAACGUGAUGGGCACAUAGCUCUUGGCCCAUCGGGGCCGUUGACAGGGUCGUCCUUGUCGACGUCCCAGAGACAGCUGUCGAGGAGCGAGGUUUCGUUGCUGAGAGGGAAACGUGUGCAGGCGGCGCCGGUUGCUGCGACAGAAAGUCACAGUCGGCGGCGGCGAUCAGGGUUCACGCCUGUCAGCACCACCGCAGCAAACGAGAAAACGAGCGAUGAUCUGGAGGGGCAUCAAGCCAAAACCAAAGCGCUCCUGAACGCAAGACGGGGUGGAGACCUCGUGGUCCGUGGCCGGAUAGCCACCGCCGCCGCUGCCGCCGCGGCCACCGCUACUGCUGCCGCCGCCGUCGCUGAGGCGGUUGCCGCUUCAGCUCGCAAUCGAAGCAAGCAUCUGCGCCAUGGCAAGUCCCCAGACGGUCGAGUUGAAGCGUCGCAAGCCUUGCCGAAGGGAACAGAACGGCGUAAAGCGCCACAUAGACAUGUUGAUGGUUCCUUCUUGACGAAAGCCGGCGACAAGCCGGUCGUUUCCUGUUCUCCCCGUUCCCCUGUUUCUUCCGGCGGGUUGGCGAGGGUUAAUAAGAAGCGCUCGUGCGCGGUUUCGACGGUGGCGGGGACAACAGCGGGGGGGGGCGGGAGGAGGCACGUCGACGACAAGCGGCUAGCCACGGCGGCGUUGAUUGAGAGGUUUUCUUGCAGGGAAGACGAGCUCCUGCGCGAGCUAGAGACCUGGAAGGCCAGGUGCAAGAGCCUGGAGACGUCAACAGCGACGGCGGGAACCAGUCGUGCUGCCCGAAAGUGGUUCCGUUGA